CAUAGCCCAAUCAAAAACAUACACAUUCACAACUCCUUAUUUCACCAGCGCUGAUUCUCUAAGGAAUGCACCCGUUCAAGGAUAAAGACUAAAACACUGGACCGGCUCUUCUUUGCAUAUAAAAGCCGGCCUACGAGAGAUAAAACUUCCUGGCAGAAAAAGAACUGUGAAAAAAAAAAAAAAGGUGGGGGGGCUGAGUUGCCAGGGGAGCUCUCAGCCUCUAAAACAUUAAAAAAGAAAAAAAAAAGAGCAAAAAAUCGACAUUUUAAUGUUAGUGACCCUUGUAGAGGAAGAUUGGAGGAGGGAAGAAAGGAGAACACGUAGAGGAAUUUGGUCCAUGCGAGAAACGAAGGACGGAGAACGAAACGCGAUUCGCCGGAGAUUCUCUUCAACUUCUCCGUUUCAAUUUCAGUUUCCCAGCUGAUACUUCUUCUUUCUGUUUCAAGUGUUUUUUUUUUUGUUUUGGAGUUUCUGUUUUGGUUUUGGGGCAAUGUCCGGCGAGACGGCGUCGUCUUCUGGAAUCGUCCUGGAAGGAAUUGAUGACGUGGAAGACUACGUUUGGGCAAAUGAAGGAGUGGGAUCAUUGCCAUGGGACCGAUACAGUCAUGUUUAUGAUUACAUGGAGAACGGAAAUCGAGCAUUCCGAGAUAAUCGUUUUGAGGAGGCAAUCAACAAUUACACUAGGGCCAAUAAUAUCAAACCUGGUGAUCAUGUUAUUCUUGGUAACAGAAGUGCUGCCUACAUGAGGAUUAGUCAAUUUCUGAAAAGUAGAUCUCCAACAGCUUCUGAAUGUAGACCAUUGAAUGGGCUGGAUAUGACAACACUUGCUGAACUUGCUCUUAAGGAUGCUGAGAGGCUGAUGAGCCUGCAGAAUAAUGCAGUAAGAUCCUACAUCUUAAAGGCCAAUGCUCUCAUUUUGUUGGAAAGAUAUGAGAUGGCACGGGAUAUUAUUCUUUCUGGUCUUCAACUUGAUCCGUUCAGUGACAUUCUUCGGGCUUCUUUUCGGAGUUUGGAGAGAAUGCCAUCCAGUUUGUUGCGGAUUAGAGGCCAUGAGUUGCCUGAACGUACUGAUGACUUUGAUUGCACACUUUGUCUGAAGUUACUAUAUCAACCUAUAACAACACCUUGCGGACAUUCUUUUUGUCGCUCAUGUUUAUUUCAGACAAUGGAUCGUAGCAACAAAUGUCCGUUGUGCCGAACAGUGCUCUUCAUUAGUCCUAGAACAUGUGCAAUCAGUGUAACGCUAAACAACAUCAUACAAAAAACCUUCCCAGAGGAAUAUGCUGAAAGGAAGUCGGAGCAUGACAGUCUGAUAAAUUUUGGUAAUGAUCUGAUACCUCUUUUCGUCAUGGAUGUUGUCAUCCCUUGUCAGAAGUUUCCACUCCACAUAUUUGAACCCCGGUACAGACUUAUGGUAAGGAGAAUAAUGGAAGGAAAUCAUCGCAUGGGAAUGGUCAUCCGUGAUCCUGCUACAGAUUCUGUUGCUGAAUUUGCUUGUGAAGUGGAGAUCACUGAGUGUGAGCCACUUCCUGAUGGACGCUUUGUUCUAGAGAUUGAAAGUCGCAGGAGAUUUCGCAUCCUCAGAUCUUGGGACCAAGAUGGAUAUCGAAUGGCAGAGGUUGAGUGGAUACAAGACAUACUCCCAACAUAUGCAAGAGAUAGAGAAGAUUUGCAGGAGUCGACAAAUAAUGCAGCAGCAUAUGCUCGGUCAUGGUUGAGUUCAGCAAAAGAAGCAACGCAUGAACGAAGAGUGCUUGAAGCACUCUAUAAUAUUGAAGUAAUGAUGCCCAAUACACAGGAUCCAGAGCGCUUCAGUUUCUGGCUUGCUACGUUGUCCAAUCGAAGGCCUUCAGAAAGAUUGGAACUGCUGCGAAUCAGAGACACAGCAGAGAGGAUAAGACGGGGUCUAAUAUACCUCACAGCAGAAGCACAAGGUCGUAGCGUACAGUGUCAAGGAGGAGCAGGCGGCUUCGGCUUCUCACCAAAUAGAAAAGCUAUGGGGGGAGAUCAUCAUAGGCCAGCAAGGCCUCUACAUGUCUCCUCCCUUUCUUUUCUCUCCAUUUUCCUUUUGUUAAACCAUGCAAACUUUAUUUUGGCAAAACAUGCUAAUCAAAAACCUUCCGCUCCUGCCCCUUCUCUUAUUGUUUCUUCUUCUCCGGCUGCAUAUCGGCCUCCCGAUAACUAUCUUAUCGAUUGUGGAUCUUCUAGUGAAACAAAGCUUGAUGAUGGACGAACAUUCAAGUCAGACUCUCAAACAAGUAGUUACCUAUCUACCAGUGAAGAUGUACAAGCUUCAAUAGAUUCCAUUCCCAGCAGUGCCUUUUCCAAUUCUACCCCUUCGUCCAUGCAAGAUUUAUGUAAAACUGCAAGGAUUUUUCCUGCUCACUCAACAUAUACGUUUUUCAUCUCCAAGCCAGGGAAACAUUGGGUUCGUCUCUACUUCUACCCGCUUCCUCACCCUCAGUAUGAUCUGAAAACUGCAGUUUUCACUGUCCAUACAGACAAGUUUGUCCUUUUGCAUGACUUCUCUGUGAGUGAUGAUAAUAGAGUGGUUUUCAAGGAAUAUCUUGUUAACGCUACUGAACGUUUCUCCCUCAUCUUCAAGCCCAAGAAGAAUUCUUAUGCAUUCAUCAAUGCCAUUGAGAUCGUGGCUAUUCCUGAUGAACUUCUCUCUGAUUCAGCAUCUUCAGUACCCCAAGGUAAAACCGUCAAUGGCUUGUUGAAUUAUGCUUUAGAAGUGUCCUAUCGAUUGAAUAUGGGAGGGCCGACAUUAACACCAAAAAAUGAUACAUUGUCAAGGACAUGGCUACCUGAUGCCCCAUUUAAUGUGUUCCCACAAGGAGCUGAAGCUGUGACAGGUUCUAAUAUCAAAUACCAGCCUGAUAAACGGAUGACUCCAUUGGUUGCACCAGAUUUAGUUUAUGCAACUGCGCAAAGGAUGACAACUGAGGCCUAUGCUCAAUCCAUGGAACCAAAUUUCAAUCUCACUUGGGUGAUGGAUAUUGAUGCAAGCUUUUCCUAUCUCAUCAGGAUGCACUUUUGUGACAUUGUAAGCAAGUCCCGCAAUGACUUGUACUUCAAUGUAUAUAUAAACGGCUUAAUCGGGUUGUCUGGUCUUGAUCUCACAACCAAAGCUGGUGGCUUGGCCACUGCAUAUUACACAGAUUUUUUGCUCAAUGCCUCAGCAAUCACAAAUGGUUCCAUUAUGGUUCAGGUCGGCCCAGCGUCCAAUGGCGGUCUACCUAAUGCUAUUCUAAAUGGCUUGGAGGUCAUGAAGAUGAGCAACAUAGCAGAUAGCUUGGAUGGAUUUUUUGCUGUUGAUGGCUCAUACAAGGGAGGAUCUAGCAAAUUGAAAGUUGUUGCAAUUUCAGGGCUUGCUAUGGCGUUCUUUGCAAUGCUGUUACUUGGAAUAGUUUGUGUUAGGUGGAAAAGACGGCCUCAUGAUUGGCAAAAGCGGAACAGCUUCUCAGCAUGGCUUCUACCUAUUCAUGGUAGCCACACUAGUUUCUUAAGCAGCAAGAGUAGCUCUAGGAAAUCUAGCAUCUUUGGCUCCAGAAAAAGUAAGAGUACUGGACACUCCAGUUUUUACUCAAAUCAAGGUCUUGGCAGAUUCUUCAGUUUCAAUGAGUUACAAAAUGCAACACAGAAUUUUGAUGAAAAGACAGUGAUUGGUGUGGGCGGGUUUGGAAAAGUGUUUCUUGGGGUUCUAGAAGAUGGAACCAAGAUCGCUAUAAAAAGAGGAAACCCGGGAUCAGAACAAGGCAUAAACGAAUUCCAGACGGAAAUACAAAUGCUUUCGAAGCUCAGGCAUCGCCACCUUGUAUCACUCAUUGGGUUUUGCGAUGAGGAAUCAGAGAUGAUUCUGGUUUAUGAGUACAUGGCUAAUGGUCCACUUCGUGACCAUCUAUAUGGCUCAAACAAACCAACUUUGUCCUGGAAACAACGGCUUGAUAUUUGCAUUGGUGCAGCUCGAGGAUUGCAUUAUCUCCAUACCGGUGCCGCGCAAGGAAUUAUCCACCGUGAUGUAAAGACCACAAAUAUUCUUCUUGAUGAGAAUUUUGUAGCUAAAGUGUCGGAUUUCGGCCUCUCGAAAGCCGCACCUAUGGAGCAAGGCCAUGUUAGCACUGCAGUGAAGGGUAGCUUCGGGUAUCUUGAUCCUGAAUACUUCAGAAGUCAACAGCUUACAGAGAAAUCUGAUGUCUACUCUUUUGGUGUAGUCCUCUUUGAGGUUUUAUGCGCAAGGGCAGUUAUUUGCCCAGCGCUGCCAAGGGAGCAGGUUAGUUUGGCUGAGUGGGCCAUGCAGUGGCACAGAAAGGGCAUGAUUGAGAAGAUAGUUGACCCUAAAAUUGCUGAGAGUAUAAGUGAAGAAUCACUCAAAAAGUUUGUGGAAGCUGCGGAGAAAUGUUUAGCAGAAUAUGGAGUUGAUAGACCUAGCAUGGGAGAUGUGUUAUGGAACUUAGAAUAUUCAUUGCAGCUUCAAGAUGCUUCCUCACAGAUUGAUGUACCAGAAGAUAAGAGUAAUCUUAUUGCUUUGGAAAAACCAAGUGACGAUGAUGACCCCAAAGCCAACCCUGCUGCUGCUAGUGAUGAUUCUGAUAUGACAGUUAGUUCUCAGUUACAUUUUCCUCAUACGGGAAACAUCAAGGGAAGAUAAAGAUCAAUUGGUUGAUUUUUUAGCAGACAACAGCUUGUCCUUUGGUUGAGGUUCCAAAUUCAAUCCUAAAAACGCUUAUGUUUUAUUUGUAGAAUGUGUUGUGCAGAUUUAAUGACUUCCCCUUUCAUUUUAAUUUUCCAUCCCACCCACCUCCCCCCCCCCCUUCCCGGCCUCCCCUUUUAUCUUAUUGUUGAAUAGUAAUGGAAACACAAAACAUCUUGUGAGCUUGGAGUUCAAUAAUUGAUGUAUAGCAGCACUUUUAGUAGAGUUUCAAUAAACAAUGUACUCUUUAUGUU